AUGUAUCCCCUGCAAGAUUCACUAACCUCCUCGCCGAGCAGUUUUGCCAAUACGAACCACCGCCCUCCGACAUCUGAAGAAACGCCUACUUCUACCGUCUUUCCCAGCCCUGUAUUUGACACUCCCAAGCCCGGGCAAGGUGCAUUUACCGACGCCGGGGGUUGGACGCCACACUACGCUGAAGACUACUCUGUAUUCAACUCGACCCCUGGAAAUCUCCGUGGACCUCAACAACAUCCUUACGUUGAUUACGGUACCGCUACGAUUGCCAGCGGUCACAAGAGACUAUUAUCUGCCGAGAGCUUUGCUGCUGGAAUUGCGACUCAUGUAAAUCACUUCUCUACCAACAACCGCCUACCACUGCCGCCGGUCGAGCCCUCACGCCGCUUGGCCUCAUCCCCGAACUUAGUAAACGUACCUCAAGAAUAUAUAACCGAUCCAACACAGCUGCCCAGUCCUGAUCCGUCCGUUCAGUUCCAAAUCCCUAAGAAGGCUAGGAAAGCCGGAGUCAAGGGUGCAAGGCCUGCGCAAACGGCAACGCCCCCACCCACUGGACGAAGAGAAGAGCACAAGCUCGCUGACAAGCUCAACAUGCAAAAUGAACAGGUCUUCGGCCAGCCCGACUUUAACGGCACACCCCAGCAACAACAGCAUGAUCUUGCUGCCUUUAUGGCUACUUCUGGUGACAUGUUUGGAUAUCCUAUGACAGCUCCCGCUGCAACACCUACCGCAUUUUGGGAUCCUUCGAUGAGUAUGGACUUUGACUUUAGUGCGUCACCUUCCAAUGUCUUCCAAACAACACCUGUUCAGCAUGGAGGUGGUCAUGGUCACCGUCAUACAGGAUCGUUUGACUGGAAUAGCGAAGUACCGCUCUUCCAGGAUCCUACUGCACCAUUUGCUCCAACAGGCGCAGAUCCUAUGCAAUCGAUCCACCGUGACCGUGCCCUUGCCCCAAAGCCUAUGGGCUCAGCGUCUGCUACGACUGCAGCAAGCGCUGCCAUGUCUGCGGCUCUCUCUGCUCCUUUAGAUGAUUCUUUUGGAUUUGGGCAGCCAAUGCAAGGAGUAAAUCCUGGGCUGCUCUUUGAACCCCCUCACACAUCUGUUAUGGAUAACCCUGCUCUCAUCCCAGUGACACAGGCCGGCUCGGCUGAAGGCGCGAUCUUCCAAACGAGAUCUAGAACCCCUCUGGGGGAUAACAUCCGACAGUCUACCAGCAUGAAGGACUUGAGAGUCACCAAGGUACCUGAUCGUGCUCUUGCACCAUCACCUGUCAAGUCAAACUCACGGCCCGGAAUGGGUCGAAGUUUCAGCGAGAAUCGUGGAAAGAGAGUUCAGACGCAGAACCGACCAGUGCUUCCCAAGCUUGCCCCAGCUCGACCUGUCUCCCAAGCUAGCAAUGGUUCCAAUAGUGACAGUGCGCCUGUCGGACGACCCAUUGCCAAACCAACUGGAAGGCUGUCUCCUAUGAAGAGUCAGAAUCGUCUGUCAGGUCUAGCUUCCAUACCUGAGGGGCCACCGCUGCAACUCCCACUGACUCGAACGUCUGUAAAAUUCACCAUCGACUCAAGGGGAAGAGCUCGCGCUGAGACGACUAUCAUACCGAAUGAAUGGGACUGGGAACCAGGUAUGGGCCAGAGAAAGGUGUCUCGGGAUAGGAGCCGGACACGCGAGCUGGGACCUUCAGAUGAUGACGAGUCUUCCUCUGACGAUGAACCUAUCAUCAUUCCUAGCCGGACCAAUUCAUUCAAUACAUCCUUUGCCUUGCCGGAUCCUGUGAGACCUGUGGGGUCCAUCUUCCACUCUUCGAGGCGUAGCUUCAGCGAUAGAAGCACCGGUAGUAUCCACGACAUAAUGGGUGGGUCGCCGCACGACGGAGAGAGCGAGUCUGAGACUGUCAUGUAUGAGCGUAAGGACAAGAUUGGAGACGCUACAAGCGAGCUCCGUAAAGUGAUGGAAGACCGUAAGAAACGGUCCCAUCCAAUGGGACAGGGCGGGCAACAUCGCCCUUUCCAAGGUAGCAGCCUUGGCCCUUUCCGAGGCGACAGCAACUCGCCGUCGUCCCUCACUGAGUCAAGCCUUAUUGCAGACAGACAAGUCAAGUGUGUCUGUGGCCGAAAGGGGGCUGACGGGGGAGACGGCUUCAUGAUCCAGUGCGAGUCCUGUGAAAUGUGGCUCCACGGAAAGUGCGUUAAUGUCAACCUCAGAACUCAGCCGAGAGUGUACAUCUGCGCAUUUUGUGCCAACACGCCAAACAUGCGAGGAGGCCGACUGCGAGACACUGGGAGAGGAAACCUGGCUGGGGGCGGCAAAAUACUGGGAACCUCCGAAAUGGCUGAGCACAACAUCGUCGUCCUGGGUGGUGACCACUGCGGUCCUGAGGUUGUGGCCGAGGCUAUCCGAGUCCUCAAGACUCUCGAGGAGAACAAGCCCAGUGUUGGCAAGUUCAACUUCAAGGACCAUCUUAUGGGUGGUUGCUCAAUUGACGCCCACGGUUCCCCUCUGACCGACGAGACCCUCGCUGCCGCCAAGGGAGCCGACGCCGUCCUCCUCGGUGCCAUCGGCGGCCCCAAAUGGGGUACCGGCGCUGUCCGCCCUGAGCAAGGUCUUCUGAAGCUCCGUAAGGAGAUGGGCACAUACGGCAACCUGCGACCUUGCUUCUUCGCCUCCGACUCCCUCGUCGACGCCUCUCCCCUCAAGGCCGAGAUCUGCCGCGGCACCGACAUUGUCAUUGUGCGAGAACUCACUGGUGGAAUCUACUUUGGCGAGCGCAAGGAGGAUGACGGCUCCGGUUCAGCUUGGGACACUGAGCCUUACUCCCGAGAGGAGAUUGAGCGUAUUGCUCGUCUGGCUGGAUUCCUCGCACGAGGUCGUGGUGACAAGAAGGUGUGGUCGCUCGACAAGGCUAAUGUGCUGGCUACCAGCCGUCUGUGGCGAAAGGUCAUGAACGAGACUUUUGAGAAGGAGUUCCCUGACCUCAAGGUCGAGCACCAGCUUAUCGACAGUGCUGCUAUGAUCCUUAUCAAGAACCCUACCGGUCUUAACGGUGUUGUUGUGACGAGCAACCUGUUUGGAGACAUCAUCAGUGAUGAGGCCAGUGUCAUCCCCGGAAGCAUUGGUCUUUUGCCCAGUGCCAGUCUGAGCGGUAUUCCUGAUGGUCAGGGCAAGUGCAACGGUAUCUACGAGCCCAUCCACGGUUCCGCUCCUGAUAUCUCCGGCAAGGGUAUCGUCAACCCCGUCGGCACAAUCCUGUCUGUGGCCAUGAUGCUCCGAUACUCCCUCAACCUCCCCGAGGAGGCCAAGGCUGUCGAGGCUGCUGUUCGCAAUGCUCUGGACGGCGGUCUGCGCACCAAGGAUAUGGGAGGAAACGCUGGAACAACAGAGGUUGGAGAUGCUAUUGUUGAGGAGCUCAAGAAGAUCCUCAAGGCUUAG